GUAAAUAUAAGACGCCUCUCUUUUCGCUCUGACUAUUCAUUGCUGUUUCUCUCUGUUUUCUUCUCCCAUCAAAUUGGAGUAGAUACAUCCUCUCCCUCCUCGCCGAAGGAAAUCGUAAACAGCAAAACAAAAGAAAUGUCCACUCUCACUUUCUUCGAGCGUCUUUCUAAAACUUUCCAUGACCAUCGCUCUCAUCUUAAGCUUGUACUCCUCUGCUCCGCCGUUAGUGGUGGUGGUAUCUUGGCUUACGGUGAGUUGGCUCCAUCGGAAGCGGCGGUUACCGAUAAGAAAAAGGUGGUGGUGCUGGGAACUGGUUGGGCGGCAACAAGUUUCAUGAAGAAUUUGAACAAUCCGAGAUACGAGGUUCAGGUGGUAUCGCCUCGUAAUUAUUUUGCAUUCACUCCUCUGUUACCUAGCGUAACUUGCGGCACCGUGGAAGCGCGCAGCAUUGUUGAACCCGUUCGCAAUAUUUUUAGGAAGAAAAAGGUGAACGUGCAAUUCAAUGAAGCAGAAUGUUACAAGAUUGAUGCGGAAAAUAAGAAAAUUUAUUGUCGAUCUAAAGGAAACAAUAAUUUGAAUGGGAAAGAAGAAUAUGAAGUGGACUAUGACUAUCUAAUCAUCGGCGUGGGCGCUACUGUCAAUACAUUUAACACACCAGGAGUGGUGGAGAAUUGUCACUUUUUGAAGGAAGUUGAAGAUGCCCAGAAGAUUAGAAGAACAGUUAUUGACUGUUUUGAGAGAGCAAAUUUGCCUGAUAUAAGUGAGGAAGAAAAGAAGAGAAUUCUUCAUUUUGCUAUUGUUGGAGGUGGACCAACUGGAGUGGAGUUUGCAGCUGCACUUCAUGACUUUGUCAAAGAUGAUUUAGCCCGUUUAUAUCCUGGAAUAAAAGAUUUAGUAAAGAUUACACUUCUGGAAGCUGGAGGUCAUCUCUUGAGCAUGUUUGACAAAAGGAUAACUGCUUUUGCUGAAGAUAAGUUUCAAAGAGAAGGGAUUGAUGUGAAAACAGGAUCCAUGGUUGUGAAGGUAUCCGAGAAAGAAAUUUCCACCAAAGAUCUGAAAAAUGGAGGAGAAAUUAAGACCAUUCCAUAUGGAAUGGCUGUCUGGUCAACCGGUAUUGGCACUCGUCCAUUUAUUAGAGAUUUUCUGUCCCAGAUUGGUCAGGCUAGCAGGCGUGCUGUAGCUACUGAUGAAUGGUUGAGAGUGGAAGGAUGUAACAACGUGUAUGCUCUUGGUGAUUGCGCUACGAUAAAUCAACGAAAAGUCAUGGAAGAUAUUGCCGCUAUCUUUAAGAAGGCCGACAAAAGCAGUUCAGGAACGCUUACGGUCAAAGAAUUUCAAGAGGCCAUGCAUGACAUUUGUGAACGAUACCCUCAGGUUGAGCUGUAUCUGAAGAGUAAACAGAUGCGCAACAUUGCUGAUUUAUUGAGUGAAGCCAAGGGAGAUGUUAAAAAAGAACCAAUUGAACUGAAUAUCGAAGAACUCAAAACGGCCCUUUCCAAAGUGGAUUCUCAGAUGAAAUUUCUACCUGCUACAGCACAGGUUGCAUCUCAGCAAGGAAUUUACCUAGCCAAAUGUUUUAACCGGAUGGAAGAGUGUGAGAAAAAUCCAGAGGGUCCUCUCAGGUUCAGGGGAGAAGGUCGUCAUCGGUUCAAACCCUUUAGGUACAAGCACUUAGGUCAGUUCGCUCCUUUGGGAGGAGAGCAGACAGCUGCCCAGCUUCCUGGGGAUUGGGUUUCAAUUGGUCACAGCAGUCAAUGGUUGUGGUAUUCUGUCUAUGCAAGCAAACAAGUAAGCUGGCGUACAAGGGCACUAGUAGUGACAGACUGGUCAAGACGUUUUAUUUUCGGGAGAGAUUCAAGCCGCAUCUGAGGAAGUUUAACAUUUUCCGGGAUCUUCGUUGACAUCAUGGAGUGGGUCAUUAUUUUUAAAUUACUUUUAAAAUAGGAUAAAUUUUUUUUCAAUUACACAAUUUCAAUUCUUGACCAAAAUUCCACUAAUUCUUUGAAUAAGUGCACAAGCGCACUCCUUGCUGCGUUGCUGGACAAGGCACAGCUGAGAUUACUUCAGGAGGACCUUUUUACUGCGUUUGGAAUUAAAGUUCAGUAGGCCUCCUAGUUUUGAAAUUAUAGUUUAGGUUAUGCUCGUCUGCAAUACCCAAUUUUUAAGUAGGUUAUUCAUAUCAUAGUUAUUCUCUUGUUAUUUUUCCCAUGUCCAAUCUUGUCAGGAAGAUUAGCGAAACUUUAUUGAGUAAUUUUUAAUUAGGAAAGUUAUAUUUA